AUGGUCCUGCGUCUAUAUACUCGCGGAUUGCUCACAAGGGCGAUUGGCAGCGAGGACUGGGUCUUGCUGGCCGCCGUUGUUAGCUCUACCACCCUAUGCGGUGUCAUCAUCUACCGUUAGUGAAAUGCCUUGUUAGAGAUAUCUCUGCUGAUCGCGAAAUAGAGGUCAACAAAGGGCUUGGCUUGCAUUCAGAAAGAGUGCCUAUGCCAGAUUGGGUUUACCUGCGCUUGGUAUGUUAACCAUUGGAUGCUAUCUCUCGACUUCAGCUAAGCCAUCGCGCAGGCAGGUUGGUUGGCUAUACUUUUCAGCACAAUCAGCCUUCAUCUGACCAAGGUUUCCAUCUUGUUGCUUUAUGCUCGGGUCUUCACGAACAGGAGCUACCGUAUUGCCAUCUACAUUAUAGGUGCCGUCGUUGGCGCUUCGUUUGUGUAUAACUUGACGAUUACAUUCUUAGCCUGCAGGCCAAUCCACGGAUUUUGGAAGCCGAGCAGCCAGACUUGUCUUAGUUCCGACUACUGGAUUGUCAGUACUGUUUUGCAUCUUGGAACAGACCUCAUAGCUACAAUUCUGCCACUUCCCAUUUUGUUAAUGCUCAACAUCAACCAAAAGGAGAAGAUUAUUCUAGUCAUACUCUUUGCUCUUGGCUUUUUGUGGGCAGCCCAAACCCGCCAACGUCAAUUCAAGGCUAACAAGAGUACAGAGUCUCUGUUGUUUCGUUUCUUCGACUGCAUUACUCACUUACGAAUGCAUCGUCUGACGAUCCGAUCUGGGCCAGUAUCACACCGACCUACUGGGCUUGUAUCGAGGUCAACAUGGCUAUUAUCUGCGCGUGCCUGA